AUGGCAAUAAUACUCCGACUUUUGUGCCUCUUCUCCGCGUGUGCACUCAUCACUGCUGCACCAGUCAAAGUCUACACACAACGGGAUUUGGAGUAUGUUAGAUAUCCAUCGACCCAGUCAAUUGAAGCCAUUUCCUCAAAGCGAGACACCGAAUACGUUCGAAACCCUUUGAGUGAUUGGGAUACCGCACUCCCUGCUUCCAACGGCGGGCCGGUCGAGCCUGUCCCACAAGCAGAUCUCAAGCACUAA